GUAUGUCAUAUUUCUGCCCUAGAUUUAUAUAUACAAUGCCGUCGCACAUUAUCAAGCAUAUUAUGCCCUCGACUCCGGCAGAAAUAACUAGUGUUGUAUUGUGGUUGCUCGUGAAUUAAGUGAAUACUAAAGUUUUUUUUCUAUUAUUGUAACAAUAGAGUUUUUGCAAAUCGGAAGAUGAGGUUGCCCAGGUACUCCAACGACGCCGUCCAUAGGUUCGUGGGAGAGCUGACUGCCAGAAUUGUGGCAGAAUCGGGAAUAGCCACGGAUCGCUUUCACAUGGGCAAGAUAAUUCUGCAGAGCUUCAAGGAUGCUCCAGAUUUCCUGAUGCAGAUCGACGGAGGAACAGACGAGAGAGAAACAAAUCAAUCAGCUUUGCUCCGAUCUGUGCGAUGCGCCAUGGCGAUGAAAGCCGCGGGUCUCAAGAAAGGGGACGUUGUGGUACUGGUGGCUCCAAAUCACAUAGACCUGGCUAUGCCUUUCUAUGCGGCCCUGUAUCUUGGAGUCAUUGUAGCUCCAGUGGACAGAAUGUUGGGAGUCCAUGAACUUCGUGAAACUUUCAAGGUGAUCAAACCCAGUAUGGUGUUCUGUCAAAGCGAAAAAGCGACUACCAUACAACUCGCUCUGAAUAAAAUCGACCUCAAUACUCAGAUUGUGACAUUCGAUAAAGGCGAUUACCUGUGCAGUUUCAAGGAGUUCCUUGACGGUAAUGGAAGCGACGUCAAUGUGGAUGAAUUCAGAGCCGCAGACUUUGAUCCUGAGGAUACAAUAGCUUUGCUGGUUCCAACCAGUGGUACUACAGGUGUAUCAAAAUCUGCAGCAGUCACGCAUAAAAAUAUAGCCAUCACUGGACCUUAUCUGUGGUCAAGAUACUACCAGUUCCCUACUCCAACCGAGGUGGCGUUGAUUGGCUCGCCCCUGCAAUGGUUGACCGCAAUCAUGAAUUUUAUACUUUCACCGAUUUUCCGGUACACCAGAUUGCAGACAUCAUUCACUCUGACGCAGAAACAUGCUUACUACCUUAUUAAUACAUACAAGCCUACAUUCACAAUACUGAGUCCAACUCUGAUGACAAAAUUGAUGAAGCCAGACAUUCGUGAUCAAUGUGAUUUUACAAGCUUAAAUAUGAUUUUACUUGGUGGUAGUGUUGUCCCGCAAACCCUCAUUAAUGAGAUUAAGAAAGUUGCACCAGACGCUGAGGUUAUAGACACUUAUGGAAUGACAGAAUUGACAUCGAUUGGAUUCCACGGGGACAAUCCUCCUCCGGGGUCGUGUGGGAAACCCGUAGGAUGCUUUCAAUACCGUAUAAUAAAUCCUGAAACACAAGAAGACAUCGAUGAACCUAAUGUCCCUGGAGAAUUGUGGGUGAAGGGGCCGGGAAUAUUUAAGGAAUAUUACAAUAACCCCGAAGCGACCGCAGAAACGUUCGCUGACGGGCGUUGGUUCAAGACCGGCGACACAUUCUACAGAGACGCUCAGUGGAACUACUACUUCGUCGAGAGAAUUAAGCUUCUCCUCAAAUAUAACAGUAACCAGAUUUCCCCAGUGGAGCUCGAGGAUGUGAUCCGCCAACAUCCUGGGGUACUGGACGUGGCUGUGACCGGGGUGCCAGACCCGGAAUGCGGAGAAUUGCCGGUUGCCUGCGUAGUGCCUCGUCCCGGGUAUGACGUCACCGCCAAGGACAUAAAGGACUUGGUGAAAGAAAAUCUUUCGGAGGCAAAACAACUUCAUGGUGGUGUGAUCUUCUUGACAGAAAUACCGAUGACGGCUUCUACUAAGGUGCACAGGAGGAAACUCAAGGAAAUAGCCAUUGCUAUGACCAAACAUUAAAAUAAGACACUAUCCUGCAGCCGCAGUCAGAGACGUCAUUAUAUUAUAUGUUUGUAUUAAGGAAUGUGCUUUAUGCUAUCGUUAUCGCAUCUGUAAGAAGAAAUUUUACUAGAAUCAACUUUGGUUAACUUAGAGGUUUAUUAGUAACGUUUUUGAGUGCAGCCGCUAUUAAUCUAUUAAAUAAAAUUAAUUUAUAUUUAUAGAACGGAAUUGCUUUUGUUCUAUAUGACCCCGAAAAAACACGCACAGCAGUUACAGUUACAAUUAAGGCACCAUUCGAAACACGUUUUUAUUGAAUAUUUUCUUCUGAUUUAUUAAGUAGUUUUAGUA